UGCAUUUUUGUUAAUGAUUUCUCACCUCUUAAGAAAUUUCCUAAUAAAUAUUUCUAUUUGAUUUUUUUUUUUUACCUACAAUAGGAUAAGGAAACUACAAAAUACAAAUAUAUCUGAAUAUCUUUAUAUAAAAAAAAAUAUAAUCCUAAAACUCACAGGAAUUGCGUUUUCUGAGUUUAUUAUAUAAACAACAACAAAAUUAGAGUUUAGUUUCUCCUGUUUCUCUCGGUUAUGUUUAUUUAUGCUGUUUAUCGUUCUGGCGUAUUAGUUACGUAAUCAAGUGUUUGGGAGAGAAGAAGGAUGACGAUGAUGAAGUACCUAAUUCCAGAACCAAAAACUAAAGAGAUUUUGUUCCAGAACACGUUACAAACUUCUAGUGCGAUUACACUAGGAGAAUUUAGAGAGUUAAGUGGUAGGCGUAAAGCAGUCGAAGAAUUUGUAAACAAAACCACUUCUGCAGCUUCUAGAGUCAUCUACGGAGGAGCUUCUCAUUGCGACCAGGAUAUUCAAAAACUUCGAAAAUACCUUCCGGUACUCCUUAACUUGGUGCGUUACGCCGAUAACAUUAAAAGGGUAUCGAAUCUUAAGAUAAAAUGGAGUAGUGGAUUGAUCUCUCAGACUUUGAUUCAGCGUACAUGUCCUAAAUUUUUCCAAGUCGAUAACAUCAUGUUCGAGCUCGCAAUGGUUACUUUCGUUUUCGCAGUUAAGCUUCGCGAGAGAGCAAUGGAACUAGGAUCCACUACAAAGUACAAGGAUUCGGUAACAGUGUACCGGGAAGCAUCUGGAGUAUUCCAUCAUCUGUCUCAAGAGAUUCUUCCUUCUUUAAAAAAUUGUGUUCCUCCAGGGAAGCUUCCAGAACUAACUCCUCCCCUUUGCUCUUCUUUGAGUCUCCUCUGUUUAGCUGAAGGUCAGGCUGUAACUACAAAGAACGCUGAAGAGAGCGGCACAAGCGCAAGCCUAUUGUCAAAACUUCAUUUUGGAGUUUCUCAAUUGCUUUCUGAAGCCUAUGCUCAUUUGUCAUCUAGAGCUAACGGAGACUUUAAAGACCUAUCCACCCGCUUUCUUGAAUAUGUAUCAACUCUGGGAGCUUUCCACGAGCUAAAGAGCCAAAAAUACUUAGCGGAAGUGCUGGAAUCCGAAGAUAGAAUAGGUGACGCGAUUGGGGUGCUCAGGCGAGCCUUAGCGGCCGUGAAGAAGAGUACGCCGUGGAAAGACGACACGUGGAUAUCUAUAUUCAAGAAAGAGAGAGAGGAAGUGACUAAAACCAUGACCAAGUAUGAGAAGUUAAACGAUUCAAUGAUCUUACAGAAGAUUCCAAUUAAUAUUGAGAUACCUUAUCCAGAAGGUAGAAAGAUUGUUGAACUCAUUGCUUACACUCCCACUAGAUUGGAACAAGAACUUCGAAUCAAGUCGUAGAAGAAUAAGAUUCACCCAACUGUAUGAUAGUUUUUUUUUGUUUGGUUAACGUUUGAGUUUGGAGAAGAGAUUAAGGUGUUGUGAUAUAGGUUGAUACAAUUCUUUGCCAUUGGAUUAAAGCUAUCUGAUUGUGCAAUAAUAUACUCUG